AUGGAUCGAACCGAAGAUGACAUGAAACUCGUUGGAUUCUUCGGCAUAUUCAAACAAUCAUUCAAAACAGUCUUCUCAUCGAAGAAGAUCUUCGCGCAAAUCACACUCGCUUUCAUCCUUCCUCUAGCAAUAGUCUUCAUAGUUCAAAUGGAAAUCUCACACCAUUUCUUUUGGAAAAUCGACAACAACACUUUACCAUACGAUAGCAACGAUUCACACGAAGCAACCGCCUUGGACUGGCUCUACUACGCGCUAUUCACAAUCGCGUACUACGCUUUGCUCACUUUCUUCUCUGUCCUAUCUACCGCUGCGGUCGUGUUCACAAUCGCCUCGAUCUACACAACCCGUGAAGUCGUUUUUCGUAGCGUGAUGAAAGUCAUUCGGAAGGUAUGGAAACGACUUUUAAUCACUUUCGUAUUCAUAUACAUAGCGCAAUUUAUCUACGAGGUAAUCGGUAGUAUUGCUUUGGCUAUUCCUAGAGUUAUAUUCGAUUAUUCGAGUCUAGGUGGCGUGGUGGUUAUGCUCAUCAUCUUGAUUUUCUACGUGUACGGGUUUUUAUACUUGAGCGUUGUUUGUCAAUUGGCUAGUGUUGUUGCUGUUCUAGAAAACAUUUAUGGAUUUAACGCGUUGAAAAAAGGUAAGGAUCUGACGUACGGGAAGAAGAAAGUGGGAAUGGGAAUUGCAUUCGUGUUGUACGGUGUUUUGGUAUGUUUGAUUGUUGUAUACUUGUUGUUAGUGGAAUAUGGACAUGAAGUUUAUGAAUUCGCGUUGGUUUGGAGGGUGGUGAUUGGAAUAUUAUGUGGAAUUCUGCUUUUGGUGUUGUUUUUGAUGUUUAUUGUGACUCAAACAGUGUUGUAUCUGGUGUGUAAAUCGUAUCAUCAGGAAGCGAUUGAUAAGCUGAGUUUAUCGACGUUUUUAGGUGCUUAUACAGGGGAGACUGUCGUGUAUCCUAGACCUGGCGCCGAGAUUCAACUCGGAUCCCCGCAACCUCCGUGUGAACAUGUUUGA